AUGGUGGAUCCACUAAGAAGGUCAUCAUUUUGUACACUAAACAAAAGGUACAACUUCGUGUCGUUUGAUAUCGGAAAUAUUUUGGUUGCGAGUAGUUGUGGCCGUGCGGUUAGAAAAAGGCUCAUUGCCAGCAAGCACAAUGACAACAAGUGGAAGAACUGCAAACACAACCCACAAGGCAAUGCCAGCUUUAGCAACAAAAGAGAGACAAGGCCACAUGCAAAUAAUCCAGGAAUUCCAACCUGCAACACCAGAAAAUUGGUAUCAGCGGUGCUCAUGAGGGACUUCAAAAGACUGCAGCAGGAUCCUCCAGCUGGUAUCAGCGGUGCUCCUCAUGACAACAACAUCAUGCUUUGGAAUGCUGUUAUAUUUGGCCCAGAUGAUACACCUUGGGAUGGAGGUAACUUGUAGUGAACAAUGGUAUCAAUUUGUUUUCAAGUAAGCUGUUUUCAAAGAGUAAGUGAUGAACA